CCUUUGGGUGAAAAAGGGGGAGAGCACUUAGAAGGAUUGCGCUGUUUUGUUGGCGAAAAGACUUCACUUUCGUCAAGACUUUGCUGGUGAAAAGCGAUCAGUUCCCUCUCUCAAACUCCCUCUGUCAAAUUUCAAAUUUCAAAUUUGUCGAUAAAAAGAGAUCAUUUUCCCCUCAAUAAAUCCCCCCCCCCCUACGCUCUCUUCCAGACCUCACUUCCUUCAAUACUCGAGUACGAAGCUUGGAAAGACAAGAAGGAGAUCCUACGGGCAUCUGGAGAGGGAGACCAGGCCAGGCUCAACCAGCUGCUCCAGGCCAGAACCUCCAUUAAGGGCAUGGUGCUCGAAGAUGAACCGUGGGAGACGACCACAACGACCCCGGAACCGACCUACCCCCCAGACGAGAUCAUCGAGACGACCACGAUGGACCCCGAGGAACUCGCGAGGAUUAGGGCGGAGCAGCAGGCCAAGCUGGACGAGGCACUGACCGAAAGCGCCGAGGAGAUCAAUUCCAUGAUGACCCAGCUGGAGAUGAUCAACACGGACACCCUCUCGGACUGCACGCAACUCUUCUCGACCGUGUCUUCUAUCGUUGGGGAUGGGAAGACGGUCGAUAUCAAGGGGAAGGAUCUGGCUACGCAACAGGUGACCGGUUCUUGCCUCACGAAGGUGUUGCUUAACAUGACCAUCAGCGAUCCAGCGGAACCUGAGGCGUUUGUGAGCAACAGCAUGCAGUCUAUAUCCUCUAUGACUACGGGCACGUCAGACAAAGUUCUCGAGGACAACAUCCUGCCGACGGACCUGAAGGCAUCUGUCGAGGGCGAGUAUUCCGAGUACGAAAACAUCGACGCCACCCUCGAGGAACUAGGGAUUGCGCUGGAGGAGGACCCUGCGGCGGAGGAGGAGCUUCUGAACGACGGGCUGACCGAUGAACAGAGAGAACUGCAGGAGAAGAAGAAACUCGCGCUAAAGGUCCAGAAAUACCGCGCCGUGACGCAGGUCCAGAAGACCCUGACGGCGGUGGAGCAAAUGCAGACGAAGCUGCUGCAGAUCGUCUUCCCGGGGGAGAAGCCCAUCUUCGUCAACACGGAGGACGGCCUCGAGAUGACCAUGGUCAUGAUGGAGGCGAAGGAUUUAGCGGGGUACCAGCUGUGGCAAGGGGGAGGCGUCUACGAGUUUCCUGACAUCUGUGACAUCCUGAAGGAGGAGAAGAUCGAGACCGGGAACUGCUCGUCGACGGAGACCGGGAAUUACACUGUGGGAAUCCAAGCCGUGGCCUGGCCGGUUAUCGUGCAGUCCUUCGGAGACGGCGCCAAGGAGAAGCUGAGUCGAACCACCAAGACGAUGCAGAUUCGACUCGUUCAGCGAAUAUCCGAAACCGAGAUCGAAGUCAUCCCCGUGGAGGACCUGGAACCCGAAAACGAAAUCAAGAUCUACGUACCGAGAGGAGGGAGGAAGAGGGAAGGACCGAAGUUAACGGAACCGACCUUCGUGGACCCCAACCACUACCUCGAACUUGGCGUGGAGGACGAGAGCAUGCUGUGCACCUCCUUCAACGUGAGUCGCGAAUGGUCCUCCAUCAACGUCGAGAUCACAGUGCAGAAUCCGGAGGCGAAUCUCAUCGUCUUCAUAAGGCGGCUGGAAAUGCCAACGCUGACUGAAUACGACCUGGUCGUGAAUUUGGAGGAUAUCACUCGGGUUCGCAACGUGUCAGAACCCAGGCUGGAACCGUACGACCCCUACGGAAACGACACUAAUUCCUACAUGUACGAUAUCGUUGUUUUAUGUUUGCCAGAUGUACUCUUCCCCCUGUAUGACGUGUACCUUGAAGAUGAAUUUGUGACGAACCAGACGGGUUUAUACUACGUCUGUCUCUCCGAAUUCGCUAAUUACACGGACGAGGAGGGCUUCUGGGCUGACAGCGACGCCUUUAACCUCACUCUGGCCAACAUCACGAAGGUGUGGAGCACGAACUACACCGUCAGGAUGUACACUUCGUCUUGCCUUUUCUUCAAGGAGGACACCAUGUCUUGGGACAGGAACGGCUGCAGGGUGUUGACGGCCAACGUGACUCACACUGUCUGUUCCUGCAACCAUCUCACGUCCUUCGCCUCGGGAUUCUUCCCACAGCCUAAUGCCAUCGACUUUAAUAAGCUCCUGAACAUGAACGCGGCAGACAACCCAACCAUCAUAAUAACAAUGAUAGCAACGCUGGCAGUCUACAUUAUGCUCCUUAUCUGGGGUCGAUUCAAAGAUAAGGAAGACCUGACCAAACUGGGAGCCACGCCCCUUCCAGACAACGACCCCAGGGACAAGUACCUCUACGAAAUCAUGGUGUUCACGGGCGGCAAGGAGGAGGCGGCGACCAAGAGCAAAGUGCAGUUCAUCGUCUCGGGAGAAAAGGCGGAGACCGAAAUCAGGACGUUUGAAGACCGCGAGAGGACCAUUUUCAAGAGGAACGGCGUCGAUAUCUUUGUCAUGGCCGUUCCUGAGGCCUUGGGGAACCUGCAGUUUUUGAGGAUUUGGCAUGAUAAUAGUGGGAAGGGAGCUGAAGCCUCGUGGUACGUUCGUUACAUCAUCUUCAGGGACGUUCAGACCGGCCAGAAGUACGAGUUCAUUGCAAAUAGGUGGUUUGCAGUUGAACACGACGAUUGCAAGAUCGACCGUCUUAUCGGGGUUGCCGGCGAUGCUCAGCAGAAGGAAUUCAAGCACCUCUUUGACACGAAAUCCCACAAGAACCUUUACGACGGACAUCUCUGGUUCUCCGUCUUCGCCCGCCCUGCUCGAUCCAGAUUCACGCGCGUCCAGAGGAUAACGGCGUGCAUGGCCCUCCUGUACCUCAGCAUGACAGCCAAUGCCAUGUUCGACGGGGUAGUGCCAGAGGAACCGGGCACUGGCUCCCUCAAGGUCGGACCCUUCGCGAUGUCCCCCGCGGCGAUCGGCGUGGGUCUCCUCUCCAACCUGGUGACAUUCCCCCCGACGCUCAUCAUCAUACAGCUCUUCCGCAAGGUGUCACCGAAGUACACGGGUGUCCAGGAUCCAGAAAGCCAUGGAUAA